AACUAGCCCUCUCCCCCCCUCUCUCUCUCUCUACAAGAAAAUAUCAUAAUAAGCAAAGAUGGAAAACUACUUCCCAUGGCUGUGGUUUCUGGUUAUUGCAUAUCUCUUCAUCUUCUUAGCACUAAAGACCGUUUUGCACCUAUGGUGGAUCCCAAGAAGAUUCGAAACCCAUUUCAAUAAGCAGGGAGUUUUUGGUCCAAAAUAUAAUUUCUUCUUUGGCAACAUCAAAGAGAUUGCAAGAUUGACACCUUCAUCUUCCCACCCCAUGCCCCUCUCCCAUGACAUUCUUCCUAGAGUCCUCUCCUUCUAUUCACACUGGAAGAAAAUCUAUGGUUCAACGUUUGUGGUGUGGUUUGGGACGAUGGCGAGGGUGACCAUCUCCGACCCAACGCUCCUGCGGGAGAUCUUCAUAUCGAAAUCGGAAUACUUUGAGAAGAACGACUCACCGCUGCUGGUCAAGAAGCUGGAAGGCGACGGCUUGUUGAAUCUCAAAGGGGAAAAAUGGGCUCACCAUAGAAGACUCAUCACCCCGGCCUUUUACCUAGAAAAUCUCAAGCUCAUGGUCCCGACAAUGGGGAAGGGAGUGAGGGAGAUGUUGGACAAGUGGUCGGAAAUGUCAAAGACGGCGACGGGGAAGGUGGAAAUCGAUGUCUGCGAGUGGUUCGAGAGGCUGACGGAAUCCGUUAUCUGCCACGUCAUCUUCGGACACCGUUGCGAAGAAGACGGAACCCCAUCAUCAUCAUCAUCAUCAUCAUCAUCAUCAUCAUCAUCAUCAUCAUCAUCAUCAUCAUCAUCCAUCUUCCAACUGCAGGCGCAACAGAUGGCCUAUGCCACCGAGGCUUUCCGGAAGAUAUUUAUUCCUGGGCACAGGUUUUUGCCAACGGAGAAGAAUAGGACGUUUUGGAGAUUGGAUAAAGAAGUAAGACGCUCUCUAGUGAGGCUGAUUGAUGAGAGGAGGAGGGCUCUUUUGUCGCCGAGUGGAGGCCGGGACUUGCCAACAGAAUGCGGCCCAAAAGGCUUAUUGGAUUUGAUGAUCAAAGAGACCUGCAUUAACCAUAAUAAUGUUGUAGCUGGCGGGAAUGGGGCGAGUAGGGCGGCGGCGGCGACCACCGGCGAUGUGGUGGAGGAGUGCAAGACCCUAUUCUUUGCCGGGAAACACACGACGUCGAAUCUCAUGGCGUGGACCACCGUCCUUCUGGCCAUGCAUCCGCGGUGGCAGGAGCUGGCACGUGAGGAGGUGCUUAGGGUUUGCGGUGCACAUGACCCCCCCUCCAAGGAUGACCUUGCCAAUCUCAAAACGCUAGGAAUGAUUCUGAACGAGUCAUUGAGGCUUUACCCACCAAUAGUAGCCAUUGUCAAAAGAGCGAAAGUGGACGUACAACUCGGGGAGCUGAAGGUACCAAAGGGGGCAGAACUCCUCGUACCAAUCAUAGCCAUACAUCACGACCCCACAUUGUGGGGCAAUGACGUGAACGAGUUCAACCCUGCCAGGUUUGCCCGGCCACCACCAGGAUGCCAAACGCCGUGCAGCCAUCCCGCGAUGGCCUUCAUGCCCUUCGGUCAAGGGGAACGAAAAUGUGUCGGGCAAAACUUGGCCAUAUUACAGGCCAAGUUAGCAAUGGCGAUGAUCCUUCAACGCUUCUCCUUUGAGUUGGCACCGUCUUACCAACAUUCUCCGACCGUGCUUAUGCUUUUGCAACCACAACAUGGAGCCCCCAUCGUCUUCCAUAACUUCCCGGAGUAUAUGGUCCGUUUGUACAGUAUCAUUUUUCAUUUCCAAGGCGAUCGAGAGGAAUUCGGUAAUCCUGUACCGGCAACCAUGUGGAGAAGGCUCUCCGUCCAUCUUCUCCGACCCACUCCGAUAUCCGGCCGAUUUGCCAGCCCCGCCGCCGCCGCACCAUCGUCCGCUUCCGUGCUCCGCCCUUCAUUUUUCCUCCAUUCUCGUGGCUUCGAAACUGGUGUUUUGAAGACCCGAGUGGAGGAUGUAAUGCCAAUUGCUACCGGUCACGAGCGUGAAGAGAUCGAAGCCGAGCUUGAAGGAAAGAAGCUUCUUGACAUUAACUACCCCGAAGGUCCUUUUGGCACAAAGGAAGCACCAGCUGUCAUCAAGUCCUACUAUGACAAAAGAAUCAUAGGAUGCCCUGGAGGUGAAGGCGAAGAAGAGCAUGAUGUUGUUUGGUUUUGGCUGGAGAAGGACAAGCCGCAUGAAUGCCCUGUUUGUUCGCAAUAUUUUGUGCUGGAGGUUGUUGGCCCGGGAGGACCUCCGGAUGGUCACGGUGAAGACGAGGAUGACAGUCACCAUCACUAAAGCUCUAAGCUCUUGCUGAUUUUUUUUGCCGGAAAAUGUGUUUUGUUGACCCAAGAGUCAGAGACUACUAUUUUAUUCCAUAGUUUAUUUUAUUCAAUAGUUUAUGUUUCAAUAUAUUUAUAAACUUUAAACAUUUUGGCAUUCAUGUGCCCCAUAAAGUGCCAUACUUGUA